AUGUCAUCGAAACCAAAAGAAAGACGACCAGCGCGUAUAACAAUCGCCUGCAACGUAUGUCGCUCGAGGAAACAAAAAUGCAGCGGCCUCAAACCCGUUUGCGAACAAUGUCUCGAGAACAAUCGACCGUGCAACUGGCCCGAACAGCUUCGAAGAGGACCAGAGAAAGGAUAUGCCGAAGCACUGGAGAAUCGACUCAAGCUCACUGAGAGCAUUCUUUUGAAUUUGCUCCCACACGUCUCGGAUGAGCAGCUUUCAGCUGCGAUUCCGCGCCGAGAGAUCCAAGAUCACGGGACUGGCACGUAUGUGCCAUUCCCCAGACUUGAGAAGAGGGGGAUUGAGAGUUGGUCGCAAUUCCCUCUUGAUACUUCUCACGGUAUUCGGAAGUGGCAGCAAGCUUGUACUGAGCCUGAAAGUGUGGGGUUGGAGACACAGGGCUCUAAGAAAAGGCGUUUGCAGAAUGAACGGUCUGAUGGUUCGGUUCAAAUUUCUACUACAAUUGGAGAGAUCGAUGGAAUUUUCAAUGAAACAUCGAACCGUCCGGUCGACUCGUCAGGUAAUGCACGUGAAGAGAGGGCUCCGGUGGAGAGAAUGAGUUCUUGGCAGGGAGCCCCUUCAGUCGAGUUUCAACUCCUCGAGAUCAGCUAA